AUGAUCUUUUCACAAGCUAUUUUACACUCAAUCUUAUUCACUGUUUUGGCUCAAGGUGCAAUCAUUCCAACUGAUUUAAGUUCUGCUCCAACACCAUCAAAUUUAGGCUUUGAUCUAUUACAAGCACCAUCAGAUAUUCCAUCUGCUUCAAAUGCCGGUUCAUACCCAUCAGCUGCUCUAGGUUCAGCUCCAUCAUCACAACCAUCAGAAGCUGUUCCUUCAGAUGCAGGACUAUCACAACAAGCAAGCCCAACUGGUUUACAAAGAAGAGAUGAAUUACCAUCUGAAUCAACUCCACCAUCAUCAGAUGCUGCAGCUCCAUCAGAAGCAGCUUCAUUAGCUCAACAACCAUCAGAAGCUCCAUCAGAAGCAGCUUCAUUAGCUCAACAACCAUCAGAAGCUCCAUCAGAAGCUCCAUCACAAGCAAUUCCAUCAGCAGCAAUUCCAUCAGAAUCUGGUUCAGCUCCAUCAGAAGCUCCAUCAGAAGGAGUUCCAUCAGAAGCAGGUCCAGCACCAUCAGAAGCACCAUCAGCAGCUCAAUCAGAAGCAGUGGCACCAUCUCAAGCUGCUUCAGCAGCAGCUCCACCCCCAUCAGAUGCGGUAGUUCCAUUGAAUGGAAGUUCAGCAGCAGCUCCACCACCAUCAGAUGCGGUAGUUCCGUUAGAUGAAAGCUCAGCAGCAGCUCCAUCAGAAGCUCCAUCAGAAGCUCCAUCAGCAGCUCCAUCAGCAGCUCCAUCAGAAGCAGUCUCAGCUCCAUCAGAAGCAGUCUCAGCUCCAUCACAAGCAGCUCCAUCACCAUCAGCAGCAAUUACUUCAGAAGCAGGCUCAGGUACUCCACCACCAUCAGAAGCCCCAGAAAUAUCAGGUCAAAGCGCAGCUAUUGAACAAACACCAACAUCAUCUGCUUAG